UUAGAUGUGAAAAUGUUAUGAGCUCAUGUGAGCAUAACAGGCCGUUGUUGUUACUUUGUUUUGGCAGUGCGUCUGUUUGUAUUACCUUCUGUAUUCUCAAUCACACGCCAACUAGAAGCAGUUUUAACUGAGCUCUGCUAAAAGUGUACCUCGCAAAAUGGUCUGUUAUCGUUUGUUAUCUGCCAAGUAAGCAAACAUUGUACCUAUUGCCAUUAAGUUGUAAAUAGUGCGGUAAAAUUGGUGUCUUGAAUUCUGCGUCAGCGACAGGACUUGUUUAGACUACUAUCAAGAUUGCCUUUAUAGCCCGGCUUGCCAGACAUGGAUCACUCUUUAUCGGCUAAUAGCCUGUCUGGGUUAAGUGGCGGCGGAGGUAACAGCGGUGCUGUGAAUAGCGGCAGUGCUAGUGGUAGGAUUCAAUCGAGCAUGCAGCAAGGCGCAAGCGGGACCAAUCCCUACUCGAAUAGCGCAGGCAGUGUAAAUAUCAACAACGGCUCUAAUGAGAUCUCAGACCACGACACUUCGCAGGAAGAAAUUAGAGGUCUCAGCUGUCAGAUCUGUUAUCAAAACUUCAGCAGGGAAGGCGAACACGUGCCUAGAAACUUGCAAUGUGGUCACACUUACUGCACCUCGUGUCUUGAUAGGCUUGUGGGUCAGUAUUGCAUAGGAACAGUCAGGUGCCCUACUUGCAAACACGAAACUCUGAUCAACGGAUUCAUGGACGACGUCAACCAGCUGCCUAAAAACUUCGGGGUCCUGGAAAUCAUAAGUGCCCAGGAGGAAGACUCUCAGAGGCAGGGCAGAAAGAACCCGACGAUGCCAAAGAGACCCCCUCCUAAGCCCCCCAAUGGACAAGGGAGCAGUAGAGGUGCGGGAGCUUCAGGUGGUCAGAGGGGAGGGAGUAGUACUGGAGAUGGAAAUGAGGCAGUGGGCUUCGCGGUCUCCUCUAAUUAUGACAUAUCCUCCUAUGAGCAGCGAUGCCAGGAACACGAAGGAGAGCCUAUGAAAGUGUAUUGCAAGACAUGCUGUCAGCUGAUCUGCAUAUACUGUCAAGUUUAUGGAUCACAUGCAAACCACUCGUGUGAGUUGGUGUCUCAGACGGCAGAAGCAGGCAGACGAGAAGUGAUCUCUCGUUCGGAGAAUCUGGACAGGAGUAAGGACAACCUCCUGCUGGCCAGACAGAUCAUAAUCGAGACCAUAUCAGCUGUGAGGCACAAAGAGGAAAAGACUAUAAGAGAGGUGACUCAUCACUUUGAUACGAUGAGGAAGAGGGUGCACAAGAGAGAAGGUCAGCUGAAGGACAUGGUCAAGUGCAAGACUUCUCAGAAGAUAGCUGCUUUGGAGUCGCAGGAGAGAACCAUAUCAGACCUCAUUGAUCGCUGUGAGGUCACCCAAAGAAUUUGCACUCGCUCUUUGACCGAAGACGACGUGACAGUCGUGCAAGAGAAAGACGUCCUCAUUCAAGAGAUGUCCGCUUUAUCCGACAUAUCAUCCGACUGCGAGUUGGCACCUGUCUGCAUUGACAACAUCCUCUGCCACCUACCUCGCGACGCCUUCGACGUUAUAAUGAUCCAUGGAACCGUGGAAGAAGCUAGUGCUCCUUUGGACCAACAGGGCAUCAUUGACGGAUCUGGGGCUUCAAGCUCCAGACAUCCGGACAAUGGCUUUGGCGAUCGGAAUUGGUUGGGAAAUGGUUUGGAGCGAUCGGAGUGGAUGCCAAACCCACCGAGUCUUGACCUGGAAAUGGGUUCAAGUGGUUCCAGGCCAGCUCGAAGGGCCUCAAACCAAAGACAGAGAGGUAGAUUUGUGGCUCAAACUCAGGGAAAUUCAAACGAUAGAAUCUUUCCAGGAGUUGGUGGUCCCGUUCCUCAAAUGAGUUCUGAGUUUCCUUCAAUGAAUGCCAGGACGAACAGAGCUGCAGCAAGACACAGAUCAGCAUCGCAUCAGGUCAGAAGUCAGCAAAGAGAGUUGAACGCGAGUUUUUCAUCGACAGAUAUGGAACAGAUCAGAUCUUCGCUGGAGGAAGCGUUGCGAGCGGUUCAAAGCCAGCAGUUUGAGCAAAGCCACGAUGAAGGAAUUGAGAGGAACGGCGAGAGUUCUGCUGCGAGUCAACAAAGUGCGAGAGAGGCUGCUGCUCAAGCGGCCAUAAAGAGGUCACAAAUCACCCAGAAUCUUGUCCAGAGUUACAUGAAUGCCAUUCAGCCGUCAUUGCAACGCCAGGGAUCUCAAGAUGGACGCAGAGAUAAUGUUCAGUUGAACAGCAAUUUGACCACGAUUCAGUCGGCAAUGCAAGAAAUUCAAAGCGCAGUCACAAAUGCUCGUGCCACACUGGAGGAAUCAAUGAACCAAAGUAAUUCGCAUUCACAAAAUGCGAAUGGAACCAACUCCUCUUCUGGUUCAUCCUCAACGCAACAAGCAUCACCUGACUCGGCCUCAUUCGAUAUUGCCAGACCCUCUGUCCAGUCAGGCGACGAAGAUGCGGAUGAUGGUCGAAUAUACGAACAAGUUUCGGACGGAGAAGUUGAAGCUAACCCACCGGCAUCACAAGCCAGCAUCGGCCAAGUACUUCCCGAUACAUUGCAGCAGCAUCCGAUGUCAGAACUUGGAAGUCCAGGCUACUCAGAAGGAAAUCGAGGAGACGAAAGUCCUCUUUACCAUGUAUAUGGAUCAGCCUACCAUACGGUGAAUCCUUCGCCAAACGACGACGUGAAUCUGCAUUAUAACUCGGACUCUUCCGAAGAACCGAGUACCUUGCUGCCGAAUCCCGAUGACAUUUACGACGGACCGUACUAUAGCUGUGAUUGUGGAGACACAAUGUCGUGCAGUUGCUCAGAAUGUAACUCAGCCGACGAGGAAGACGACGAAAACCCGUUUUUGACUAACCAUAGAGCACGACAUGACCCAAGAGGAUCCUCGUCACAUUGUCGCCAACGUCAGUUCUUCAAUGGGAUACCAAGUCAUCUUGAUUUGAACUCAUCACUUGAGAGUCAGGCUGCACUCCAGUUAAUGAAUCCUACAUUAAUGCACCAUUCGCAUCACAGAUUCCGCAAUGAUGUGCCAGUUGAACCUACAUACGCACAUUAUGGUGUGUCUUCGUCUAGAGACCAAAACCAAAACGGCGAUGUUGGAACGAUGACGAAAUUGUUAAACCGGAUGAACUUGAUGAAAAGUAAAAAGAAUGGAGCGGGAAGGAAGAAGCAUCAUCACAAGUCGAGCACUCCUUCGGAAAGACAACGAGAGACCAGAAAUGCUGAAAGUCAAGGCUCCUCGAACUUGGUCUCAGGAGCAAACUCAUGUGCUCCAUUUUUCUUAACGCCCAAUCGCUGUGUGGAUCAAGGAGUGUCUACAUCUACAGCUGCAAGUGCAACUUCGGCAUCUAAUUCAGCCGGUGGAGCUAGACCUAAAACUACGACGACUCAGAAAAGUCAGAAAUUAAGCAAGAAACAGAAAACGGCUGCCGUUAAAACUCCCAGGUCAAAUGAGAAACAAAGUCAACAUCAGUUAAAUGAUCUGCGAGGUGGAUCAGUCGAAUCUUUGCUGCAAACUAGUUCGAGCAGGGCAAUGCAGAUGCAAAAUGAACCUCGACACAAUUCAUCGCAUUCGUCUCUGCUAAAUUCCUUGCCAAAAUGUGCCAACGCCGCCAGCGGGUCUUGCAUGAGCGGCGAGCCGGCGCUUUUUAUUUGUUCUUUUUGCCAAAAGAAGUACUGCCAUAUUUGCGCGGUACAUGCUGCGGGUAAAAAAUGCUCCAAAAAGCCCAAUAAAACCCAUUCUAUUGUCGCUUUGGACGAAGACCUUUCGGAAGACGCAACUGCGAAUAGUCCGAAUGCGAAUUUGAAUGUGCCGAAGAACCCCCAAAGUGUGAGUCAUACAUUCAUGAUUAAGUGUACAAACUGCGGUGAUGUGAGCGAGUUUGUAGUGAACUGCAAGACUUGCAAAAAGUGUCACGCUGAACUGCAGGUGGAUCUGAAUCUCUACAAUCCUUGUCCUAACUGCGACCUUUUGAACUCCAAAGAUGCCAUAGCCUGUGAACUGUGCUCAUCCGAUAUCAUUCCUAUUAAUUAAAAUGUGAAAAGUUUUUCGAAGAAACAAAAAAUGAUGCUCAUCUUUGUAAUUGUUUUUUAAUCAUCUGUAGUUGAUUAAUGUUUGUAAAUAAGAUCUCUCAACAAGCUAAUGUAAAUAAAAAUAAGAUUAGAUCGGAUAAAUAAAUUUUUUGUUUGCA